UGAAAAGAAUCUGCGCUGACAGUCGCGUCCCUGUGUGAGAGAAUGAGAGUGAAUGAGGGAGGGGGGACUCAGAGAAAGCGAGAGAGAGAAAGAAAGAGGGAGAGAGGGAGGGGGUGAGCUCAGAGCCCCAGUCUCAGUCUCUAUUGUGAGAAAGAGGAGCGAGAUUUUUUGCAGCCACACACAAACUGUCUUCGAGCCGAUUCGAGUCGGACCCAAAUCAGGGAAAAAAUAAAAGACAAAACAUGGAGGAGGACAUGGACGAGGGACAGAGCCAGAAAGGAUGUAUGGAGUGCUGUUUGAAGUGUCUUCGUGGGAUCCCGUACCCGUCUCUGAUCGCCACCAUCCUGCUGUACGCGGGCGUGGCUCUGUUCUGUGGGUGUGGUCACGAGGCUCUCUCCGGCACCGACACCAUCCUACAGAACUACUUUGAUGUGAACAGGACUCUUGCCGACUCGCUGAAUGUCUUCACCAUCAUCGACAUCAUCAAAUACGUGAUCUACGGCAUUGCUUCAGCUUUCUUCGUCUACGGGAUCCUGCUGAUGGUCGAGCUUUUUACAAGUGGAGCCAUUAAAGAUCUGUAUGGAGACUUUAAGAUCACCGCCUGCGGGCGCUGCGUCAGUGCGUGGUUCAUCAUGCUGACGUAUAUUUUCAUGCUGGCCUGGCUGGCAGUCACGGCCUUCACUGCUCUGCCAGUUUUCGUCUACUUCAACAUCUGGACUAUGUGCCAGAACACCACUGUACUGGAGGGUUUGAAGCUCUGUGUGGACCCACGCCAGUUCGGUGUUGUGACGAUCAGAGAGGAGAAGUCGUUGUGUGUCACUAAUUCUGAAAAAUUCUUCAAAAUGUGCUCAUCUAAAGAGCUGGAUAUGACCUUUCACCUGUUUGUGUGUGCGCUGGCCGGAGCCGGAGCUGCCGUCAUCGCCAUGAUCCACUACCUGAUGGUUCUGUCGGCUAACUGGGCCUACGUGAAGGAUGCGUGUAAGAUGCAGAAAUACGAAGACUGCAAGUCCAAAGAGGAGCAGGAGCUUCACGACAUCCACUCCACACGCUCCAAAGAGCGACUCAACGCCUACACAUAAAGCAGGAAGUAGCACCAAAAGGGGGAGGAGCCUCAAGGCACUGGCUGGUGCCAUUUAAAUGACCAGUGGUGUGUCACAUGACCAACCCCAUGGCCAACCCAAUGAUUAUUAUUAUUAUUAUAAUUAUUAUUAUGAUUACAGUUCUGUCUAUCUAGUGAUGUAGUUUUUUCCUCACACUUACACAAGAUUGUUGAGCUUUUUUUUUUUUAUUUAAUUUGAAGCGUUGUUGAUUAACGGGUCGGUUGUAGGGUUAAAAAAAAGCACAUAUUUCAUGUGUUUGUUUUUUUUACUUAAUUUCUUUUUCAAAGAAUUUCACAUGAAUAGAUAAAGUAAUAUUUUUUGUUGGUUUGUUUUUAUUCUGUGAGAUUUUGGGCCCAGACACAGCAGAUUGCUUGUACAUUCUGCACUAUUUUGGAAAUAUAUAUAUAAAAAAAAAGAAAAAAAGAAAAAGACAGACAAAAAUUUGAAAUGAUGUAACAAAGGCUUUAUUUAUUAUUUUUCUACAGAUAUCAUUACAAAAUGUAUUCAGACAAAAAAAAGGUUAUGAGUUCUUUCCUAGCAGUUUCACAGCCUACAGUGUUUUUACCCCUUUUUUAUUUUCCUGCAGAUGAUAAGUAGACCAUCAUUUUCAAUUCAUUUUCUUUCCUUUUUUUUUUUGCUUUGUUUUGUAUAUAGCCAUUCUGUAAAUGUCCACAUGUACUGUAUGGAAGCACUUCGAUUUCAGGUGAAUUCAUAUUCAAUUACAUUCCAUGUUACAGAUGGAAAAAAAGGAAUAGUUGGAUGAAGAGAGGCUUAAGGUUAAAAAAAAAAAGAAAUUUUUUAAAAACAAUUUCAGAUGUACAUAAUCACGGAUGUACAUAUCAGAGCCUGAGACAUUCCUAAAGAUCAAAUCACAAGUUCUGCCCUUUUUCGCAGAUGUGACAAAGAAUAGACAGAAUAAAUAAAUAAAUAAAUAAAUAAAUAAAUAAAUAAAUAAAUCUGUCAAUAAAUAAAAGAUCUACUGGUUAAAUUAAUGUAAUUUUGAGCAAUUCUGAGAAAAUAAUCAGUAAUAUUGAUUAAUGAUAAAAGUCAUUUUCAGCAGAUCAACACACCAUUGAUGAAUAAAACA